AUGGCGCCAGAAACACCGAGAGCGGUCUCUUCGAGGCUGCUUACCAUGAAAUUCAUGCAACGAGCCGUGGCCUCAGAGAACUCAUCUCCCGCUUCAGAAACAAAUUCAUCCAAGAAGAGAAAAACGGAUCACUCGUCGCCGGCGGGUCGCCUCGAUCUGAACAUCGACCAGGCUACGAUUCAGGCCGCGCUAGAUGCCCAAGAAACAAAACGUCAAGAAGCUCUGGAGAAGCAUGUCGGCGCUGAUACACGUUGGGUGCUGAACAACGCAUUCGCUGGGUCAAAAGCUACCAGCCAAGCAAAAACACCCAUGAAUGUUGUUUAUGUUGGUUAUGGUGACAUUGACUCUUCUAACGAUUCAGGCGAUAAUGAAGAUGCGUUGACCGCGGGGCGUACCUCGACAAAUAGCUUCAAAAAGGCGAUCAACCAGGCACGUCGAUUACUUUGGUCAAAUACAAGAACUUGCAACGCUGACUAUGAAGAUGAGAACUCGGACGACGCAGAUACACCAUCACACGGACUGAAACGAAAGCCAUCCACUGACAGUCCGAGCCGCUCACGUUCAAGGUCUCGGUCACGGCCCAGCCAUGAAAAUUCCAAGGCUAAAGAGUUCCGUGAUAAGAGGAAAAAGAAGGAAGUGAAGCUGGGAAGGCCAACAUCGAUUUCCGGGGGUGGCAUCUCAUCAGGGGGUGGUAAUCAGUUCUCGCCCGCUGGUGGGAAACCCAUGACUUGCUACAAGUGUCACCAGAGCGGCCAUAAAGCCGUUGAUUGCACUAAAAGGGGCUGA